AUGCCGAUGACCGAUCGUAGCCCAACGGCGGGUUUAUCUAGCGCAGUGACACCGCGUACAGCGGUGUCCGACUUGGCGGCUUAUAAACGACGGCGCGGAAUGGUGAAGGGCUCGUGCACGCGCAUGGAAACGUUUUUAAACGGCAUGGAUACAUUAACCGACGAUGCCCGGGCGCAAGUAGAAAUUCGGCAAGCUCGCUUAGAAUCAUUCUGGGAGGAUUACUGCAAAAUACAAACGCAGAUCGAAAUGAUCGAUGAGGAGGAAGUGACCGAUAGAAUCACGUUCGAAGAAAUGUUCUAUUCAUUGUGCGCGAGAUUUCGUCGACUUCUAAACAGCGAUAAUACAUCGGGCGCGCGGAGAGGUUCCACGCAGAGUGCAACAAGAGCCGAUAACGAGACUAUAUCUCAUGUACGCUUGCCAAAAAUCAAUUUGCCUACUUUUUCGGGAAGAUACGAUGAUUGGUUUCCAUUUCGAGAUACUUUCGUAACAAUAAUUCAUAACAAUACAUCGUUGAGCGACAUUCAACGAUUUCAAUAUUUGCGGGCAGCGUUAACGGACAAGGCACUUGACAUUGUAAAACCGUUAGAGAUCUCCGAAAAUAAUUACGACCUUGCGUGGAACCUCCUAAAGGAGCGUUACGAUAAUAAACGCGUGAUUGUGCGGACUCAUGUACGGGCAAUAUUCGAGUUGCCAGUUUUAACUAAAGAAAAUGCGAGUGACCUUCGGCAAUUAGUUGACGGGGCUUCGAUGCAUAUUCGCGCGCUAACGGCGUUGAAUUGUAAUGCCGAUAAAUGGGAUGCCUUACUUAUCCACAUCAUAACUUCGAAAUUAGAUACAAUCACGUCACGUGAGUGGCACACGUCAUUGCAGGACUCUGAAUUGCCCACAUUUAAAGAGCUGAUUAAUUUUCUUUCGCAUCGCAGUCAAAUUUUAGAGGAAUCCGCGAAAAGGAAUUCGGUUUCGUCCGUCCGCUCCGACUCUCGGUCGCAAUCACGUUCUAACGUUGGACGGCAAGCAUUGCACACGACUAUCGAGAGGGGCAAGUGCAACUAUUGCGCCGGCGAGCAUUUGAUUUAUUUUUGUAGGGAAUUCCUAAAACUGUCGAUUAAUCAGCGAAUCGCGGAAAUGCGUAGCAGGAAAAUGUGCCUCAACUGCUUACGCAGUCAAAAUCACGUAGCAACCAAAUGCCCUUCUGGCAGUUGUAGAACGUGCAAUUUAAAACAUAACACAUUGUUGCAUAUAUCCAAGAGCGACGGUGGGAUUGACGACGCGGGUGCGCCUUCGGCGUCGACCGAUUCGGCGCCGACCGCAAGCGGACGAUCAGCUGUCGCGACUCAUAGCGCGGUCGAGCGAGGCAUCACGGAGUCGUUGCUCUCAACGGCGGUCGUUUACGUGUAUGAUGCGAGCGGGGUCCGCCGGACAUGCCGCGCAUUGUUGGAUUCGGGAGCACAAGCGAAUUUUGUGACAGCCAAAUGCGUGAGGUUGUUGGGUUUAAGAACGCGAUUCGAGAACAUUUCGUUUUCAGGCAUGGGCGGUCUCGCAUCCGUUUCAAACGAAAUGAUAGACAUCAAGUUACAAUCACGAUUUAGUGCGUUCACGGCCGAGAUCGAGUGCGUCGUGACGGAGCGAAUCACAGACAAACUUCCGUUAAGCACUAUUAGACGUGAAACAUUUAAGCUGCCUCCCGGUAUCGGGUUGGCUGAUCCGCGAUUUAACGUAUCAUCCGAUAUCGACUUGUUAAUUGGUGUCGGUCUAUUUUGGCAGUUGAUGUGCGUGGGGCACAUCCGAGCGACGGUCGGUCAUCCGAAACUUCAAAAAACACGUCUGGGGUGGAUUGUGGCCGGACGUACAUGCGUGGGUGCGUCGCGGCCGGGGAUCGGGCUGCGCUCGUUUCACGUGACAAUUGGCAAUGCAGAAUUACAUAAACAAAUCGAACGGUUUUGGCGGAUCGAGGAUCCGGGCAAUUCAAAUAAUUAUACCAGGGACGAGCACGCAUGUGAAACCCACUUCAUAAACAAUGUGUCAACCAACAGCAAGGGCAGAUACGUCGUGAUGUUGCCUAUCAAGGGCGACGUGUUGCAGCAGUUGGGAGAGUCGCGCGAAAUAGCGAUGAAGCGAUUCUUCGGCCUUGAGAUGCGGCUUCAUCGCGACUCAAACAUGAGGACUUCAUACGUUCAAUUUUUGCGCGAGUACCUGGCAUUGGGACACAUGCGGCUCGUACCUGCACAUGCGGUCGACAGAGAAUCCGUUUAUUUGCCUCACCAUGGGGUGUUUAAGGGGAUCGGCCGUGAUGCAAAAUUACGCGUGGUAUUUGACGCAUCGUGCAAAACCACGACAGGGAUUUCUUUAAAUGACGCCUUGAUGAUAGGUCCUACGUUUCAGCAGGAUUUAAUAUCAAUCCUCAUUCGAUUCCGCACGUUCGCAUACGUAUUCACUGCAGACAUAGUUAAAAUGUAUCGUCAGAUACUAAUUCACGAGUCGCAGCUGCAUCUGCAACGGAUUUUAUGGCGCGAAAAUCCGAGUUCGCCAGUCGACACAUAUGAAUUGCUUACGGUUACAUACGGCACGGGCUCGGCGCCGUUCCUCGCGACGAGAUGUCUUCAGCAUUUGGCGCAAAAACAUGCUCUCGACUAUCCCACGGGGGCACAAUGCGUUCUUCGAAAUUUUUACGUGGAUGAUUUGCUCGCCGGCGCCGAUACAUUGCUCGAUGCGAGGCGCAUGCGUGACGAGGUCAUAGCACUAUUGAGACGUGGACGAUUCGAGCUUGGCAAGUGGGCAUCGAACAGCCGAGAAUUAUUACAAGGUGUCAGUGACACAGCGAGCAUAGAGGUGUCAUUGAGCGACGAGGCGGAUUCGAAAAUAUUGGGGGUGGCAUGGAGUCCGCUCAACGACGAGUUUCGUUUUAAAUGUACCGUGACCGUUCCUACCGAUAGACCGGGUUUCGUUUUGUUUUGUCCGAUAAACGGUGACCGUAUUAAACCGAAAAGAGAAGGAAAACAAGCCGUGACCGUAUCCACGAAUCAAUGUCGCUGA